AUGAGUCUGAGACCGCGCAUUGCCUGCGGCUUCUGUUGUAUUCCCUGCAGGCUGCGCGGCGCGGACGGAAAAAUCGUGCUCCGCGGAAGGGUUCGAGACGUCUUCUCUGGUGCAACGUACGGACGUGAGACUUGUCCGCUUCGUGGCGAGCUCGGCGCAUGCAUGCGCAGGCUCCCGACGGCUUGCUGGAUCGCUCGCGGGCCGGGCAUUCUUCGGCGCGCGCGCGAGUUUGGGUUGGCCAUAGGUCCGUUCUGGACGGCGGCGGCUGGUGUUCGGGGCGGGAUAGCGCAGAGCAGCGGGCUCGACGGUGAUAAAUUGAAACACGAGGAAAGCGCGGAGCAGAUGGAGAAGGACGACGGACGGCCGCGGGCUGAGGCGCGCCGCGCACCGCAGAUGCACCACGAUAUCAGACGAAGAUUGCACGUCGGCCCCGCGCGCGCGCGCGCGAAUCCGGACUCGAAACGGGACUGCGAACUGUCCGCGCCUCCUUCCGUGCGCUGGGCGCGGCCGCUGGGGCGAUGGUCCAUCAUUGAUUUCUCCGCUGAGCCUGGGGGCGCGCACAAAUCCAUUCAGUCGCAGGCGGCGAGCGCGUCCGGGGGGGCGGAUGGCAUCUGCAUCUGCGGCGGGCUCGGGGCGCCUGCGUCGCUGUGUUCGUCGAGUUCGCAACUGGGCCGUCCCUGGGCGGGCAGCGUGUAA